CUUCGUUGCCAUACUCGGAUGGCUUCGCUGAAUGUAGACUAAAAGAAUCUAGGGAGUAAAGUUUGAUAAGCAUUAAGGCGUUUUCGGGGAGGAGUGGAACAUAUUUAUAUAAUCGUUGAAGCGAUACAUAGCCCGGCAAUGACGUGAAGUUGCAGUCGAGUUGAUUGAUAUCCCUGAAAUAUUCGCGGCCGGGCGUCGGUUCGCCCCAACCUAUCUCAAAAUUCACAAUGAAGUAGCAAGCUCUCCCUCUGUACUCUCCAUCUCCAAAUUCAACCAGUGAAAUUCGCUCGACAACAUGCAGUAAGUAUACAUCGCAAAAAAAAGAGAAAAAUGGAGAAAAGCUUCCUCUGUCCACAACGACACGUCAUCCCGCACGGAGCCAAGGUAUUCGUAACAGCCUUCCUCCUGGCCAGUCAUCUGAGACCGCGAAAGCCGGAAAAAAAGUGCAAACCCAACGACGAGAAAAUCCCGAACGACAGAGGCCUGAUGGAGCACUGCUGGAAGCUCGUGCCGUACAAGUACAACCUGAGCCCCGAUCCGCCGGCCUCGAGUCUCGAGCUGCUAAUGAUGCAGAGCCGCCGGGAAUACGAGAAAGUCCACCCGCCAAAGAUCCCCGAGCCCGAGCUCAAUGGCAAGAUCCACUAUGACUACGGCAAAAUCUUCAAGCGCAUCAAGCUGUAAGCUCGGCAAUAAAAAAAGCUCGAAACGACCGUUUAUCCUACGUAAUUAAA